CGAAGAUCCCUGAUUUUUCAAGGAUACCAUCGAUCAAAAUAAUUUUCAAGAAACUCGCAGAAUGUUCUAUCUUACUUUCCAUACUCUCUCCCUAUAAAUAUGCGAAGGCUCGUAGCUGUACGAACCAACAAGGAGCAAAGAGUUCAUAGCAAAGCAAAGCUUCAAAACAGAGCAAACGCAAAGAGUAGCAAUCACAAGAGGAAGUGAAACGAUGUCUCUAAUUCCAAGCAUCUUCGGAGGAAGAAGAACAAACGUUUUCGAUCCGUUCUCGCUGGAUGUUUUCGAUCCGUUCGAAGGUUUCUUGACGCCGUCAGGAUUGGCAAACGCACCCGCUAUGGAUGUGGCAGCGUUCACAAACGCUAAAGUGGAUUGGAGGGAGACACCUGAGGCGCACGUGUUCAAGGCGGAUUUACCGGGACUGAGGAAGGAAGAGGUGAAAGUGGAGGUUGAGGAUGGCAACAUACUUCAGAUAAGUGGAGAGAGGAGCAAUGAGAAUGAAGAGAAGAAUGACAAGUGGCACCGUGUGGAGCGGUCGAGUGGGAAGUUCACGAGGAGGUUUAGGCUGCCGGAGAAUGCUAAGAUGGAGGAAAUCAAAGCCAGUAUGGAAAAUGGUGUGUUGUCGGUUACCGUGCCCAAGGUGCCAGAGAAAAAGCCAGAGGUUAAGUCCAUUGAUAUCUCUGGUUAAAGGGAAUUGUUUAAGACCAAAAAUGUGUGAUGGUAGUGAAAUAAUUGGUGUGUGAUGUGUUUUUCUUGUAAUCAUGAAUCUCGUUGUAUCAUUAUCAUAAAAUCUUAAUAAGAGUGUGCUUUGUAUACUUCUGCCUCUCGGAUUGUUUGAAGUACGUAUUGCGAUUUACAAGGAUUCCCCAUUUCAUUAGCUAAUCAAAAGAGAACCGGUUCGGUC